AUGCGCUCACGGGGCAUCCCAAUAAGGAAGGAUACAGCGCUCCAUCGGCCGGCUGUAUCACGUUUACAACCAAAAGCUGCCGGACUCGCGCCAAACGACCCCGGUGGACUCGCAGCCAAGUUGACGGACAUUGCCACGCUCGGAAGCACCCGAUUCUGUCAGUGGCUCUCGAAGGAGGUUAGAUCGCGCAUGGCGCCGUCGGCGGCGACUGUGUCAGCAUUCAUGGUGUUUGCUUCUGCGCAUGGACUAAACACAACGCAUGUUUCCCCCAAUGGGCACUGGGUCUCGGCCACCGUCUCUGUUGCCAUGGCCAACAAGCUCUUCAACGCGACCUUCGAGCUGUUCUCGCACCCCAGCCUCAGCGGCAAGAUCGCGCGCACGAUGUCCGUUUCUCUUCCAAGCAAGAUGGUGGACGUGGUGAAUGUGAUCCAUCCCACGACAGCAUUUGCCCUGCCCCAAGCAACUUCCAGAUCUGCACAGCCACUGAUGAUCCAGAUGGACUUGCGCAAGGGCAAGUCGCAUGUUGCAGCUUUGUGCAAUACCAGCAAUCCCAGCGGUGUCAUCACCCCCCAGUGCCUGCUCGACAUCUAUGGCAUCCCGGGCAUCUUCCUGGGCGGCAGAGGCGGUCUGGAAGCGGAGUUGGACAUGCAGUAUGGCAUAGGCGAGUGUCUUGGGGGUGUGGCUAACGGGGUUCCUACCAAUUUCCUGUCUGUGGGAGGAUAUAAUUUCCUCGGUGCACUGCUCGACACCGCGAAUUCCUUCGAUGGUGCCAGCAGUCCACCCACGGUGCUGAGCACUUCAUACGGCGUGGAUGAAUUGGAUACAGACCACUCCAUGGCCAGGUUCCUGAACCCGAGCCUGUACAAGAACCCCGCCGUCUUCAAUGACAUCACUGUCGGGCACAACUCGGGCUUCCUUUGCCCGGAGAUGUCCGUCGCCUUCGAGGCUGUGCGUGGCUGGGGCCCAUUGCGUGAGUGGCGUACCGAGAAUGUGCGGGCGUGUGUUCUGACGCGAUCACAGCUGGACUGGGCAGCUAACAGAGACACAGCGCUAGCCAAAAGCGAGGGUGAUCUUUUCGGUCGCAUCUAUCCAACGAUGAAAUUGGACCCCAACUUCGCGUAUUCUCUCCGCCCUGUGAUUGCGAGAGAGCGGGCUCUGGAGACCUUCAUCGAGCGGCUGAUGGCUUUCGAGAUAUAUGAUCAAGUGAAAGGUUGCGGCAAGUCAUGA